AUGGAGAAGAUCAAACUGAAAUCAACCAACUGGCGCGACUUCAUCCCUCCUGCGGACUGUGCACGGAGACUUGAGCUUGCACAAUCGGAUACGUAUCAAUGGGCAGAACAUCGGUGCGCCGAGCCAUUCGUGGCCAACUGGCGAAAGACGUGGCAACGUUUACACCAAGAGCCAUACAAGGGGAUCACGAACGAUGGACAUUUGAUGCCCAAUGUACACCACCUGGCAAGGACCAGCGAUGACCAUGGCGCGCCUACCACGCAAAUGGUACAGGCAGCGUUGAAACUGAUCUCAGUGGCGAAUCCGGAGCAGCGACGGAAUCUACAAAUUCUGGACGUUGAUGCUCCUGAAUGGCGCGCGUGGAUGAAUCCGGAGAUCUACAUCUCGCGUCACGGCGUCCGCUUAGAAGAGUCGUCAGACGCAUUCGUCGAGGCGGUACACAACUUGAUGCACGCCAGCUUGUCGGAAGCCGGCUACCAAAAGGCGUACGGCUGCAUGAAAGUCAACCACUACCUCGGCCAAGUCGUCAACGGCGAAAAGGUCCUCAACGAGCGUUCGUACAACAUCACCAUCUUUGGAACGCCGUCCGAGACUGAGCCUUGGGGAUGGCAGCUUUUCGGCCAUCAUUUCGACAUGAAUUGUUUCGUCCUCAAGAGCCAAAUGGUAGUGACGCCCGUCUUUAUGGGUGCCGAGCCUAACGUCAUUGAUGACGGACCAUAUGCUGGGACCGAGCUCUUCACCGAUCAGGAACAAACGGCACUUGCUCUGAUCAAUUCGAUCGCGCAAGAGAACAGCCAUGAGGUCACGAUUGAUCAAGUCCGAGUAUACAGUGAGCUCCAAGGGCCGGAAUAUCCGGAAUGGCGUUAUCAUCCGGCCGACCAGCGCCACCUGGGCGGCGCUUUUCAUGACAAUCGAAUCAUCCCUUACGAAGGCGUUAAGGUCAAUGCCCUAUCGGUAUCGCUGCAGCAUCUAGUUCGCCACCUGAUUUCACUUAGCGUUAACUACCUGCCUGAUAGAGCCCACGCAGCUAGGAUGAAAGAGAUUGAGGCCUACUGGGCCGAAACCUAUUUUUGCUGGAUUGGGGCUCUUACUCGCGAUGAUGGCUUCUAUUACAAGAUACACUCGCCUGUGGUCAUGGUCGAGUUCGAUCACCAUUCUGGCGUCUUCCUGAACAACGCCCUACCCCUGCCGUUUCAUAUCCAUACCUUGGUGCGCACACCCCAGGGGAACGAUUACGGAAAGGCUUUACUGUCACAAUAUCGGCAAAAUCAGUCAUAG